CUACAGCUUCUGUGUCUUCUCUGAGUUUUCUCCUCCCCAUUCCUUGGCAGCGCCACCUCCUCUCACCCCUCCUUUUCCCCUCCUCCCUCACAGUUAGUGGCUUGAAAAACUUUUUAAAAGCUCUCACACUGCUUCAAGUUGGGAUGAAAAGGGGGGCUUUGUUUUGGGUUUUUUUUAAAUGAGGUCUCAGCACUUUUCUUUCAGGACAGGAGGAAGGAAGGGCACCGCCACACAAAAGGGCAGGAGACUUUUAAAGUUUAAAUAGGCAGGUUGGGUGCCUGAAGGAGUUGUUGCCUUUGAGUUUUAACCCUCUGAGGAACUGAGCCACUUGUCUGACUUUCUUCACUGCUGACGAGCAAAGGCAGCAGGCAGUGAAGAUGGGUGACUGGAGUGCUCUGGGAAGACUCCUUGACAAAGUCCAAGCCUAUUCAACUGCAGGAGGGAAGGUGUGGCUUUCUGUCCUUUUCAUUUUCCGAAUCUUACUACUGGGAACAGCAGUGGAGUCUGCCUGGGGAGAUGAGCAGUCAGCAUUUCGGUGCAACACCCAACAGCCUGGUUGUGAAAAUGUCUGCUAUGACAAGUCCUUUCCAAUCUCCCAUGUGCGCUUCUGGGUUCUGCAGUUCAUUUUUGUGUCAGUGCCAACCCUCAUGUACUUGGCACAUGUGUUCUACGUGAUGCGGAAGGAAGAGAAGCUAAACAGGAGAGAAGAGGAGCUCAAGGUUGUCCAAAGUGAGGGUGUUAAUGUGGACCUUCACCUCAAACAAAUAGAAAUCAAGAAAUUCAAGUAUGGGAUUGAAGAACAUGGCAAAGUCAAAAUGCGUGGGGGACUGCUCCGCACCUACAUUAUCAGCAUAAUCUUCAAAUCUUUCUUUGAGGUGGCUUUUGUCCUCAUACAGUGGUACAUCUAUGGGUUCACCCUGCAAGCCAUUUAUACUUGUGAACGAGUGCCAUGCCCACACAAAGUGGAUUGCUUCCUCUCCCGACCUACAGAGAAAACCAUCUUCAUUAUCUUCAUGUUGGUGGUGUCUAUAGUUUCUCUCACCUUGAACAUCAUUGAAAUUUUUUAUGUCACCCUCAAGAGCAUUAAGGAUCGCAUGAAGACAAAAAAUGAUCCUUUCUCUCCCAACAGCGGCUUGAGUCCCUCCAAGGAAUGUGGAUCCACAAAAUAUGCCUAUUUCAAUGGUUGCUCCUCUCCAACCGCCCCCUUGUCACCUAUGUCUCCACCAGGAUACAAGCUUGUUACUGGAGACAGGAACAAUUCCUCCUCCUGUCGUAACUACAAUAAGCAAGCCAGUGAACAAAACUGGGCAAAUUACAGUGCCGAGCAGAACAGGAUUGGACAGGCUGGGAGCACCAUUUCAAAUUCACAUGCCCAGCCCUUCGAAUUCCCUGAUGAUCCUGAGAACUCUAAAAAAAUGGGCUCUGGGCAUGAGCUACUACCCCUCAAAGUUGUAGACCAAAGGCCUCCAAGCAGAGCCAGCAGUCGAGCCAGCAGCAGACCUCGACCUGAUGAUCUGGAGAUCUAACCCUCCAUAGCAACAGUAAUACUUAACACAACUAUUAUAUGAAACGCAUUAGAAGAUGCACGCGUGGUGUUCAUGCAGUUCCAUUGAAGGUGGUACUUUAACAAUCUCAGCCUGGAGAUUUUAACAAAACAAAAAAACAUUGGGAUUUUUUUUAAAGUGGGAAACUGGGGUGGUGUGGGGACAUACAGCACAUGUUGGUAUUUAAAAUAGCUGAUUUUUUAAAAAAUUAAUGCUAAUUUUUUUAACUUAGUCAACAUUACAGUAGGUGGGUUGGUUUUUGUUUUGUUUUAGAAAGAUUAUAAAAUAUCUGGAUAUGUGUGUGUGUGUGUAUAAUAUGCUGAUUUUUCUAAAGAGUUUUGUUUUUGUUAUACUAAAAACAAAAGUUAAACUGAGGUUUUUUUUGGUCAGGAUGAAAUGGAGAUGGUAUUCUUUCACAGAAUAACUGACAGUCUGAAGUCAGAUUCUGAUCAUUUCCCGAUGAAGAACAUUCCAUUGUUAAUGUGCACUUUGAGGAAAUAAUAUGAACUUGUCUGUGGGUGUAUAUAUUCAUUCAUUCAGUUCCUUGGAAUCAAUCAAACCAUAUUUGACAAGGCCCACCCACUAUGCUUUGACCAGUUGCCUCCUGUGCUUCAGACAGACCAAUUUAAUUGAAGGUGUAUGUGAGGACCUGCUGUAUACCAUCAUGGUUCAUUCUCUUGCCCUCACAAGGUCCUGUCACCUGUCACCAAUUACCAGCUAUGAAGCUGGACACAGAAGCCAUUUUUGUUUAACACUGUUAUCUACUGGCUACAAAACUUUUCACAGUAAAGUCCCACUGACAUCCACGAGAUUUGAAUGGUGUGGUUGGAAUCCCAGCAACUAGUUACAACCCAAAUGUAGUUAAAAAUGAUGGGAAUGUUUCCAUGAACUUCAACAGCAUAUGGAUUAUGUCCAUUCACCCCACUUUCACCCCCUUCCAGAGCUCCCUUUAUGCUCUGAUAUACACAGAGAUAUCCAGUUGAUAUGGACCAUCUCAUUCACUUCAAUGAAGGAGGAAGAUCUGCACCCACAAAAUAAUUCACGUGAACGGACAACUGCUGUGUAAUAGAGAGAUAUGUGCAUACAUUAGUACUUCUACGCCUGUUUACUUCUGUGUUGUUUUUAAAAACAGGUGUGCAUGGAGUUGAGGAGGUAUUAAUCGAUGAUAAACUCUCAUGCUAAUGUGCACACAAAAUUCUUAAGCAUUUUGGGAUAUCAUGGUGUUUACAUUAGAAUGAUUCCAGCAGUGCAAACCGGUCAAAUAUUAAUUUUAACCAUGUUAAUCUUAUCUCUGUAUAUCCUGUAGCAGAUGCUUUACAACUUUUUAAAAGAAAAAAUACAAAUACUAUCUUAAGAAUCAAGUCCUGACAACAUUUGAAAAAACUCCCAUUUCAAAUAGAAUAUUGCCUGAAUUGUAACAUCCAGAGUAGCAUGCUUCAGAAGUUCUGAAUUAUUUUCUUUCAUAAAAAAUUAAGGAAGGAACCUGCUAGGUUACUGAGUCCAUUUCUCUGACUUGUUAUAACUUAUGCUUGAAUAACAGAGAUGAUAGUACUGGGGGAGAGGGGAGGGGAGUGUUAGCCUGCCAAUAAUGUGAGAGACUUGGGUACAAUUUACACAUACAUGUAAAUCAUGCGGUAAUGACAGUUAUCACAUGAUAGCUUGAGCAUACACAUCAUAGAUCCCAUCAUGGAUACAGCAAAGUGGUGUGGAAGCACUUGAUAACUGCAACCUCAGUGGAUUGUGUGAAUGGACCCUUACACAAACUGCUUUGAGCUGUACUAAUACAGUGCCUAAACCAGUUUUACAGUAACAAGCACAUCUUGUUUGUUGUUCACUUACAAAUCAGCAUAACUGUAACAUUAUGGUUCAGUUUAAUUUUGAUAGUUCAUUCCUUCUCAGUGAGUUUUGAUAUUUGCACAUAAUUUUUUGUUUGGGGUGCAAGUGAGGCUGAAAGAGUACAAUUCUAAUUUAUUUGAAAUAUAUGCUAAGGAAAUAUAUCCGUAUUAAUUUUCUUUUUCAACCACAGUGCCUUUUACUUCAGCACAGUUCAAUGAGGAACAUAGCCUUGGUUUCAUUUUGCAACAGUACAGAGUUAGGGGUUUAUAAUACUAUGUUUUACUAAGUUGUUUGACAUUCCAUGUUAAAACCAUUGUCAAGCUCAUUGACUGCAUGUAUGCCGCAAUAGUCCAUCAAAUCACUUUGUCUGGAGAGCAACCUUUCGUCAAUAAAGUUUUAAUUUAGUAUAAAUAAA